AUGAACGAGAAGGCAGGUGUUUCCAAGGAGCUCAAUGCUAGGCACAGAAAGAUACUGGAAGGGCUUCUUAAAUUGCCUGAGAAUAGGGAGUGUGCUGAUUGCAAAACCAAAGGUCCUAGAUGGGCUAGUGUGAACCUAGGCAUCUUUAUAUGCAUGCAAUGUUCUGGAAUCCAUAGAAGCCUUGGUGUACACAUAUCAAAGGUGCGAUCAGCUACACUGGACACAUGGCUACCCGAGCAGGUUGCAUUUAUCCAAUCUAUGGGAAACGAGAAGUCGAAUAGCUAUUGGGAAGCACAACUCCCUCCAAAUUAUGAUAGAGUUGGCAUUGAAAAUUUCAUUCGCGCAAAAUAUGAAGACAAAAGAUGGGUUGCUAAAGAAGGAAGAGAAAUCCCACCUCCUGUUGUCCAAGAAGAGAAAGCUCCACCACCACCUAUGCAAAGUGAAAGAAAGAGCUAUCAAACACACACUACAAAAGUCAACCUUCGUGUCCCCCCAAAAGGACCCGAACCUGUAUCUGUGAUCCCAAUUCCAAAAGCUGAGUCAUCAGCAGUUUCUUCUACUGAAUCAGAAUUUGCUACUGAUCUGUUUGACAUGCUUUCAAUGGAUGAGAAAGUUCCAGAAGCUUCUACAGACGAUCUAUGGGCAGGAUUUCAAUCUGCUUCUGCUGUUCAAGUUCCACCAAUCACAACAGACGUUUCAAAACCUGUUGAUAACAUUAACAACCAAACAAAGCCAAAUCCUGUUCCCACUUCUGGAAUUGAAGAUCUGUUCAAAGACUCACCUCCUCUCUCACAACCUAAUUCAGCAUCACAGAAGCCUCAGAAGGAUGUUAAAAACGAUAUCAUGAGUCUCUUUGAAAAGAGUAACAAUAACAACACAACAUCACCAUAUGCUCUUCACCAACAGCAACUUGCUAUGUUAGCUCAGCAGCAGUAUCUACUCAUGGCUGCUGCUGCUAAAUCAGGUGGUUUGCCAAAUCUUAAUGGCAAUGGAGGCCAAGGGCAACAUCGUAAUUUACUCCCCAAUCAAAACUGGGCAAAUGUUGGCUAUCAGUUUCCCGGAAUGCAUGCUACACCUACACCACAACCUGGAAAAGAUGAACUAGAGAAAUAUUUACAACAGAUGGGAAAUAUGGGGACUCGGAGCACAAAUUCCAGCUGGCAGUUCAUUUUCAGGUUCCAACAUCAUCCAGUGUUUACAACACGAUGGGAUUGAAUGCAACUACCAAUGGGGUGAUGCCACCUGGCAGCAUGGGGGGAUCUGGUGGGUCUAAACCACCAGCAGCAACCGGAUCGGCUUCACAGUCUGCAAAAGACUAUGAUUUCUCGUCCUUAACUCAAGGGAUGUUCUCCAAACCAUGAUCUUUUUUAAUACACCCUUCUUAUUUUGUGUACCAUAAUUCACAAAAAAAAUGAAAAAAAAAAAUCUAUUUUUCCUGUGUCGGGGAUUGUAAACUAUUUGUAGAGGAUGCAGUUUUCAGCUUGUUUUUUUUCUCAUUAUUCCCAGUUUUUUAAUUUUCCAAUGUAUGUGAAUGAAUUUCUAAACUUGUUGCUCCUUGCUUUCUUUGUUUUUUUUUAUUUGAUAAUCUAUUUACAUUGACAAUUGUCUACCACUUGUGAUCAAAACGUUGCCUCAUCACUCAUCAGCCAUAAAGUUUAAGAUUCAACAUAGGAAACUUAUGCGUAUAAAAGAAACUUUAGUGACUAUUUUAAAAUCAAUAAUAUUAAAAACUGGGUUAAACAAAUAUGGAAAUGGUAUGCUGUGAAUCCCGAGGAUAAUAAAAUUUCAUGACAGAAGUUACACGUAACUUUAAAGUUUAAACUGACUUUUGAGUUUUGACUUUUGAUGGAUGGAUUAAACCGUUAAACGUUACGUGACUCACUAUGGUAGGUUUGCGGGUGACGUUGCUCGAUUAAUUUUAGAUUUGUUUGAUGUUUUUUAUUAUUAGAUUGUAUGCAUAUCGUUUAUAAAAUUUUGGUCAAAGUAUUACACGUUUCGAUAGGUUACUUCACGUUUUUAAAUAACCUUAAUUCACAUUAAUAU